GUUUUUUCUAUUUUUGCAGAUGAAGAUAAGCCAGAACACAUCAGCACUGAGUGUGAGGACUUGUCUGAGCUGAGGGUCGUUCUGCUGGGGAACAACUGGUCUAAGAGAAGCUCAGUGGGCAACUUCAUACUGGGAGUGACUGUGUUCAGCUCUGAGGAUAAAGCAGACCUCUGCCUGAGAGUCAAAAGGGAGCUGAAGGGGAAAGAAAUCGAUCUCAUCAACACUCCAGAUCUGCUGUCAACUAAAAUCUCCCCAGAAGAUCUGACGAAACAAGUUGAGGACUGUGUGAGACUCUCUGCUCCUGGACCUCAUGUGUUUCUGCUGGUCCUCCAGCCUGCAGACUUCACUGAGGAUCACAGACAGAGGCUACAAAUGGUCCUUGAAAUCUUUGGUGAUCCAUCAUUUGAUCGUUCACUGGUUCUGAUAAUGCCCAAAGACAAGAGUUCAAGUUCCAUUGAAAAGUAUCAGCAGCAUCCACAGUUAGGAGACAUAAUCAAGAAAUGUAGAGAAAAACUGUUGUGGCAGAAGAACCUGGAACAAGAGCAGCUGUUAGCAGCCAUAGAUACAGUGGUGAGGAAGAGCAUGAGGGAGGAAGUUUCCAGUGAGGAAACAUCUGUUUCACCCAGUCAAGAUGAGGAAGAAAAAGUCCCUGCCAGCUUGGAUCCUAUAAGGGGCGCACAUGAACUCAGGAUAAUGCUGUUUGGAAAAAGUGAGGACAAAAAAUCAUCCCUGGAAAAGAUCAUCAUUCAAAAAAAAGAGUUUAAUAUUCCUAAAGUUCUUGGAGGAAAACAAUGUCGGGCUGCCUCUGGAGAGUGGAACGGGAAACCUCUCACCGUAGUCAAAACCCCCGACAUCUUCAGUCUUUCUGUGAAAACAUUGUUAGAAGAGAUGAAGAGCUGUGUGAGUCUCUGUCCUCCUGGACCAAACGUUCUGCUGCUGUUAGUCAAACCUUCUGAUUUCAAUGAGAAGAACAGAAAAAAUCUGAAUUUGGUCCUGAGUGUAUUUGGUCAAAAUGUCUUUAAGCACUCAAUGGUCAUUAUAACACAUAAUGAGAAAUGGAGCAACUCAGUAGAAAAACUAAUUGAAGACUGCAAUCAAAGGCAGCAUUUAGUUAAUUUUGACAAAAAAGAUUCUUCUAAAAUUUACUCAGAGUUGAUGCUAAAAAUAAAUAACAUAGUGAGUGAAAACUGGGGAAAAUAUCUAACGUUAAAAGAAGAAGCUAAACCCAAUCUGAAGUCCAGUCUGAACCUGGUUCUGUGUGGGAGGAGAGCAGCAGGGAAGACGUCAGCAGCCAAGGCCAUUUUAGGUCAGACUGAGCUUCAUUCAGCCUCCAACUCAUCAGAGUGUGUUAAACAUCAGGGAGAGGUGUGUGGACGUUGGGUUUCCCUGGUGGAGCUGCCUGCCUUGUAUGGAAAACCUCAGGAGGCAGUGAUGGAGGAAUCAUUCAGGUGUAUCUCCCUCUGUGAUCCUGAGGGUGUCCAUGCCUUCAUCCUGGUCCUACCUGUGGCUCCCCUCACUGAUGAAGACAAGGGAGAGUUAGAGACCAUCCAGGACACAUUCAGCUCUCGAGUCAAUGACUUCACCAUGAUUCUGUUCCCUGUCGAGUCACAUCCUACAGUUUCAGCUGUUCUUAACAUUGUAAGACAAGACAAGGAUAUCCAGCAGCUCCUUCAGACCUUCAGACAAAGACAUGUGGUCCUCAACAUCAAAGACAAAAAGAUUUCAGAGAUGUUUGAGGUGGUGGACAAAAUCGUCGAGGCAACGGACAAACCACACCGUUAUACUGCUACAACAUUUUUACAUGUACAAAUGGAGAAAGUCUUACAACUAAAGAUGAACAUGGUCACUGUUGGAGAACAGGACUCAGACUGUCUCAGGAUUGUGCUGAUUGGGAAGACCGGCUGUGGAAAGAGCUCUACAGGAAACACCAUUUUAGGAAGGAAUGAGUUUAAGGCUGAAUCAAGUCAAAUAUCAGUCACAACAUGGUGUCAGAAGGCAAAGAGUGAGGUGGACGGUCGUCCUGUUGUUUUAGUUGACACUCCUGGUCUGUUUGACACAACUUUGACCAAUGAAGAAGUUCAUGAAGAGAUGGUGAAAUGUGUCAGCCAGCUGGCUCCAGGACCACAUGUCUUUUUGCUGGUGUUGCAGGUUGGCAGAUUCACAGAAGAGGAGAAAGAGACCCUUAAACUCAUUAAGAAAGCCUUUGGGAAGAAUUCAGAAAAGUUCACCAUCGUUCUUUUAACCAGAGGAGAUGAUCUAGAACGUCAGGGAGAGUCUAUUGAUCAUUACAUCAAGAACAAAUGUCACAGUUCCUUUCAGAAGCUGAUCCAUAACUGCGGAGGAAGAUACCAUGUGUUUAAUAACUCUGAGACACAAAACCGCACACAAGUCAGUGAGCUGAUAACAAAGAUUGACACCAUGGUGAAGGACAAUGGAGGAAGCUUCUACACCAACGAGAUGCUGCAAGAGGCUGAAGCAGCAAUAAAGAAGGAAAUGCUGAGGAUCCUGAAGGAGAAGGAAGAAGAGAUUCAGAAGGAAAAGGAAGAGAUUGAAAGAAAAUAUAAAGAGAAAAUGGAAACCAUGAAGAAAAGAAUCGAUGAAGAGAGAGAAAAAAUGGAAAAAGAGAGAAAAAAGAAAGCCAAAGAACUCGAGGAAAUGGAAGGGAAAAUUAAGUUGGAACAAGAAAAGAGAAAGAAAGAACAGGAAAUCAGAGAACAAGAGAGAAAGGAAAAGGAAGCCGAAGAAGAAAAACUUCGAGAGAAUUUUAUAAAGCAACUUCAAAAGUUGGACAGUGAAAUUCAGUUAGAAAAAGAGGAGAAGAAAAGUGUUGACAGAAAGCUGGAAGAGACCAGAGAAGAGAUGAGAAGAAAACAAGAGGCCUGGGAGAAGACAUUGAAAGAAGAGCGCGAGAAACAAAGGCAAGAAGAUGAAGAGAGAUGGCAGUCCGAGAAGCAGAGAAUAGAAAAACUGCAGCAAGAUUACAAUCAAGAAAAACUAUUAUAUGAACAAAACAAACAAAAAGAGGAUCAGCGUCGAAGAGAACAGGAGGAACAAAAGUUAAAAGAAUUGGAGAAAGGUUACAAGAAAUCUCUGGAAGAUCUAAAGAAGAAUUAUGAAGAAGAAGCCAGAAAGAAAGCAGAAGAGUUCAAUGAAUCCCAAAAGAAAUACAUGGAGGAAAUAGCAGCUCAGAAGGAAGAACAUGAGAAGGAAAUGAAUGACUUAGUGAAACGUGUGACCAAAAAGA